AUGGAUGAGCUUUUCGACGUCUUUGAGGCUCCGCCUCAGGCGCCAGCACCCCCAGCUGGCGCUCCAAAGCGGCCCAAGAAGGAAAAGAAAGACAAGUUCAAGAAGCGUCAAGCAAACGGAGAUGUCAAGGGAAAUGGAGACACGGCAACAACGAAAAGGGAGGAUAGCCCGGAGGACCAAGUUAUGGAGGAUUCGAAAGCUACAGAUUCUGAUGAACUCGCCGCCUCCGAAAAAGCACAGCCAGCAACUAAACGACCCCGCAUCGAAGAGGCACCUACACCCGUUGUUGCCGAUACCUUCGAAGCCGAACAAGCGGUCGAGAUUGCCGGUUCUGCUGGCCUUCAAGCAAACCAGAAUGCCUCAUCACUGAUUGUGUCACACCAAGUGCGCCACCAAGUUUCGAUUCCCCCAGACUACCCCUACGUGCCUAUCUCGCAACACAUGCAACCGGAAGACCCCGCAAAGAUCUAUUCCUUCACCCUUGAUCCUUUCCAACAGAUUGCGGUCAAUUCGAUUCAAAGAGAGGAGAGCGUAUUGGUGUCAGCGCAUACCAGUGCUGGAAAGACGGUGGUUGCAGAAUACGCCAUCGCGCAGAGUCUCAAGCGCAAUCAGAGAGUCAUCUACACAAGUCCAAUUAAAGCCCUAUCCAACCAGAAGUACCGUGAAUUUGCGGCAGAAUUUGGUGAUGUUGGAUUGAUGACCGGUGACGUGACCAUCAACCCCACCGCAACCUGUCUCGUAAUGACCACCGAGAUUCUUCGUUCUAUGCUGUAUCGCGGUUCGGAGAUCAUGCGUGAAGUCCAGUGGGUCAUUUUCGAUGAAAUCCAUUACUUGCGUGACAUUAAUCGCGGUGUUGUCUGGGAGGAGACCAUUAUUUUGUUACCUGAUAAGGUGCGAUACGUCUUCUUGUCGGCCACCAUCCCCAACGCCAUGCAGUUCGCCGAGUGGAUCGUGAAGAUGCACAAUCAACCCUGUCACGUCGUCUACACCAACUACCGUCCAACCCCUCUUCAACACUAUUUCUUCCCUGCUGGCUCCGAGGGAAUGCAUCUUGUCGUGGGUGAAAAUGGUGACUUCAAGGAAGAGAAUUUCCAGAAGGCAAUGAGUGCAAUUGCUGACAAGAAGGGAGAUGAUCCCGCGAAUCCUAAUGCAAGCCUAAAAGGAAAGGGCAAAGAUAAGAAAAUCAACAAGGGCGGCGAGAAGGGACCAUCCGAUCUCUUCAAAAUUGUGCGAAUGGUUAUGAUGAAGAACAUGAAUCCGGUCAUUAUCUUCAGCUUCAGCAAGCGCGAAUGUGAAAGCGGCGCCCUUCAGUUGAAACAACUUUCUUUCAACGAUGACUCUGAGAAGGAAAUGGUUUCCAAGGUCUUUGAUAGUGCCCUUGAGAUGCUCUCUCCGGAAGAUCGGGCAUUGCCACAGAUUUCUAACAUUCUGCCUCUUCUUCGAAGGGGUGUUGGUGUUCACCACUCUGGUUUACUGCCUAUCCUCAAGGAGACCAUUGAGAUCCUUUUCCAGGAGGGUCUGAUUAAGGUCCUCUUUGCUACUGAAACGUUCUCCAUCGGUCUUAACAUGCCUGCCAAGACUGUGGUAUUCACCAGCGUUCGAAAGUUUGAUGGCACAAGCCAGCGUUGGGUCACUCCCUCUGAAUUCAUCCAGAUGUCGGGUCGUGCUGGUCGAAGAGGUCUCGACGAGCGUGGUAUUGUCAUCAUGAUGGUUGGUGAAGAGAUGGACCCUGCGGUUGCCAAGGAGAUUGUGCGUGGCGAGCAAGACCGACUCAACUCGGCAUUCCACCUGGGUUACAACAUGGUCCUCAAUUUGAUGCGUGUGGAAGGCAUUUCUCCAGAAUUCAUGCUUCAGCAAUGUUUCAAGCAAUUUCAAAGUGCAGGCAGCGUUACAGGCUUGGAGCUUGAGUUGAAGGAACUGGACGAGAAGAAGGCCAACAUGAACAUUGAAGAUGAAGGAACCAUCCGUGAAUACUAUGAACUGCGCAAACAGCUGGACCAAUUCUCCGAGGAUGUUCGCGCCGUUAUCACUCAUCCGAAUUACAUCCUUCCCUUCAUUCAAGCUGGUCGAUUGGUUCACAUCAAACACAAGGACCAGGACUUUGGCUGGGGUGCCGUGGUCAGUCAGAAGCAACGAAGACCCAUGAAAAACUCUUCCGAGGAGUUCCCUCCCCACCAAUCCUACAUUAUCGACGUCUUGAUCAACAUUGCCGAUGGACCUGCUAUUGGAACCAAGACUUUCCAGGAUCUUCCAACUGGUGUGCAGCCCGUGAAGGAAGGCGAUAAGUCCCGCAUGGAGGUUGUGCCGAUGAUGCUCACUUGCGUUAAAGCAAUCUCCCACGUCCGAUUCCCGAUACCCAAGGAUAUUUCACAAGCUUCAACACGUUCCGGGGUGAAGAAAACAUUGGAUGAGAUUCAGCGCCGAUUCCCUGAUGGUGUCCCCGUGCUUGACCCCAUCGAAAACAUGAAUAUUAAGGAUGAUUCUUUCAAGAAGCUGCUCCGCAAAAUUGAGGUUCUGGAAUCUCGACUUUUGAGUAACCCGUUACACAAUUCGCCUCGAUUGGCAGAACUGUACGACCAGUAUGCAGCGAAGGUUGAUCUUGGUACGCAGAUCAAGGCCGUCAAGAAGAAGAUCUCCGAUGCUCAAGCGAUCAUCCAACUUGAUGAGUUGAAGAAUCGUCAGCGAGUUCUCCGUCGUCUCGGAUUCAUCAACGAGGCUGGCGUUGUUCAGUUGAAGGCUCGCGUCGCUUGUGAGAUCAGCACCGGUGACGAACUCAUGCUCAGCGAGUUGCUAUUCAACGGUUUCUUCAACGACCUGACCCCAGAGCAGAUUGCAGCUAUGAUUAGUGUCUUUGUUUUCGAAGAGAAGGUCAAAGAGGCACCUGCUCUGUCCAAGGACGAGCUGUCCAAGCCUCUCAAGGAAAUCCAAAGUAUGGCUCGAACUAUCGCCAAGGUUUCGCAGGAGUCCAAGAUGGCCGUCAAUGAAGAGGAGUACGUCGCAAGCUUCCACUGGGAGCUGAUGGAGGUGGUUUACGAUUGGGCCCAUGGCAAGUCCUUUGGCGAAAUCUGCAACAUGACCGAUGUCUACGAAGGUAGCUUGAUCCGUGUUUUCCGACGUCUGGAGGAGUGUUUACGACAAAUGGCACAGGCUGCCAAGGCCAUGGGUAGUGAGGACCUGGAGAGCAAGUUUGAGGAUGCUCUCAGCAAAGUGCGUCGUGACAUUGUGGCUGCUCAGUCCCUGUACCUGUAG